AAAUUUUAAUGCGCAGCCGAAAUUUUGUUCCGCUGCAAAAAAUUUCAGGCUUCAAAGAAGGUCACGAACUCUGACCUUUUAAUUCACAUUUCUGCCGUUGUUUUUGCCAAAUUUUGCCUCCAAAAGACUUGUUGGGUCGUAGGGCACCCAUCCCUUCGUCUAGCGAGGUGAAGACAUCUUCUGGCCAGUCGCCAUGGAGAGCACACCAGUCAGUCAGGAGGUAGAAGAGGAGCCUGUCAUGGAGGUUGUGGAACACCAGAUGAUACAGGAAACAGUCACAGAAGAGGUCCCACAUGAGAAUCAGCUGCAAGGUGUCAUGUACAUGGAGCAGGUUCCUCAGAACAGCGGUCAUGAAGUACAGCAGGUCAUUGAACAGGUUUCCCAGGCCAAUCAGAUACAUGAAGUUCACGAAGUUCAACAGGUUUCCCCACAGUUUGUCCAACACAUUGUACAUCAGAUGCCGCCAGGCUCGGUCCAGCAGGUAGUCAAGAUGCCUGGUCACAUGGUCCAGGGACAAACAGUCGGCCAGCUACCAGGCCAACCGGUACAGAUUGACACCUACAAGGUGCAGCAGGUGCAGAUCAACCAACACACAGUGGAGCAGCUGGUGAAAGUAGACCCCCAGGCCACCAUUGAUGAGAUGGCCCUCAAGACGAUGGGCGUGGAUCGCAAGACACCGCAGCGUCCCAUUGAACCUUGCAUGGUGUGCGGCGACAACGCAUCAGGUCGCCAUUACGGAGCCAUAAGCUGUGAGGGCUGCAAGGGUUUCUUCAAGCGCAGCAUCCGCAAGACGCUUUGCUACACUUGCCGGGGCAACAAGGACUGCCCGAUCAACAAGCACCAUCGCAACCGCUGCCAGUUCUGUCGGCUGCAGAAGUGCCUGCUGGUGGGGAUGAAAUCGGAAUUAGUGCAGUGUGAACGGACACCGCUCAAGGCUCGUGGAGAGAAGUCGCCGGGGAACUGCGCCGCCUCCACGGAGAAGAUCUACAUCCGGAAGGACAUCCGGAGCCCGCUGGCAGCCACGCCCACAUUCAUCACAACUGCAGACAGGAGUCCGACCAUCCCCAUGCAGAAGACCAAGCUCUUUGAGGAGGGCCUCUUGCUGAAUGUACAGAACCCCACUGUGGUCUCAGUGGCCUCGACCGACACCACCACGGACCUGAGCACCCUGGCCAGUGUGGUCACGUCGCUGGCUAACAUGAACAAGGCCGGCGAGGCGGGGCAAGCUGGGGACGGCCAAACGAUGGUAUCAAAUGGGGACUCGUCAGCCCAGCAGGGUCUGAACCAACUGAACCAGACACCCAACCAGAUCUCUAAGGCCUUCGACACACUUGCCAAAGCACUCGCUCCUGGAGGGGAAGGCGGGGACGGAAGCUCGGCCCUUGAAAUCAGUUUGUCAGACCAAGCCAACGGCGGCAGCAGCCAAGGGGGCAGCGGGGAGCAGCAAUACAUCAAACUGGACGGCAACAUGCUGAAUGAGAGCCACAUGCAGUUCAAGCUAACCACCCCCUCCCCCAUGCCACAGUUCCUCAACGUCCACUACAUCUGUGAAUCAGCCUCGCGACUCCUGUUCCUAUCUAUGCACUGGGCCAGGAACAUCCAGGCCUUUCAGUUACUGGGCCCUGAAUCCAACGUGACCAUGGUCCAGAAGUGCUGGAGUGAGCUCUUCACCUUAGGCCUGGCCCAGUGCUCCCAAACGAUGGCGCUGUCCACCAUCCUGACGGCCAUCGUCAACCACCUCCAGACCAGCCUGCAGCAAGGUACCGCAGCCAAUUUGUGUGCCGUGCCCCUUGAGCAAGACAAGCUUUCAGCUGAUAGGGUCAAAGCCGUCAUGGAGCACAUCUGGAAGCUUCAGGAGUUUGUCUCCGUCACCACCAAGUUACAGGUGGACUCCAAUGAGUUUGCCUACCUCAAGGCGGCUGUUCUCUUCAGCCCAGAUCAUCCAGGCCUUACAAAUCCUCGUCAGAUCGAGAAGUUCCAGGACAAAGCCGUCACCGAGCUGCGUGCCUACGAGGCCAAGACCUACCCCAACGACCCGGACCGCUACGGCAAGCUCCUGCUGCGACUGCCCGCGCUUAGGCUCCUCAACCCGGGCAUCAUGGAGGAACUCUUCUUCGCUGGCCUGAUCGGCAACGUCCAGAUCGACAGCAUCAUCCCGUACAUCCUCAGGAUGGAGACCACGGAUUACAACGCGCAGAUCACGAUAGCCACCAGCGCCGGUCAGUGAGGGAGGAAUUAAUAACAUGCAGAUGGUGUUAAGAGUGACCACGUCAUGCCUCUUGCUACGCACUGCGGCCAUAUUUUAUUAUAGAUUUCCCGAAAGCCAUUAACUACUGUAUAGGAAAGUCUGUUUAAAGACGGGUCCCCCAAAAGAUGAACCGUUACCUAUAGCAAAGUAGUUGCAUUUUAGGUACCAGACAGUAUUGGUUAUUGUCUGUGCUGUGAUACUCAUGAACUUGUAUUUUCUUUAAGUGGUCGGACUGGUAAGACUGUCAAAUAAAUCUCAAGUCACAGUUUGUACAGAAUAACAAAUACUGACUUCUUGAAUUGGAAGUGAAAGUUAAUAAUGGCAUGACAUUGUUGGUAAAAUUAAUAACAGACAUUUGUCCACUGCAUUUAGAAAAUAAAUAACCUUUUUGGCAAAAUACCCAGAUCAUGAAAUAAAUCAGCUGAAUUUAAAAGUCUUGAAAAAUACUGCAAGUUUCAUAUUGGAAGAUUUAAAAUUUGAACUUUAUCGUCUCGUUUUUUGGUUCAAUACUUGACUUUAAUUGCUUUCUAAAACAGUUUCCUUCAAAUUGAUUUUAAAAUAACCUUGAAAUAUCCAUAAUAACACUGCACUAUUUAGCAUGUUUUGAAGGAUCAAACUAUUUUAUUGUACAUAGGACACCUUUUUUUCUGUUGCUGUAUAUAAGGCUGAUGAGGUGUAAACAAUAGUGCUUUAGGACCCCCUUUCUUUCGGUGGGCUGAAACUCCGCCCACUGCAGAGGAGGGGUUUGUCUUUUUAAAAUCUUUAAAAAGAUUGUACAGUACGUUGUGAAUGUAGUAUUCUAGAAAGAAAACAAAACUUAGGUCCAGAUAUACUUUUUCUUCCUUUUUAAUUUUUUUUUUUUUUUCAAUGUGGACAUCAAAUGUGCGCAUAGAAUUUUUGUAAAACACACCAAAAACGCUGCAAGUUGAUAAAUAAUCGAGCUGCAUUUGUUCCUGUAAAAAUAAAAUAAUAAAUGGUUGUUAUGAGUAGCGUAAAAAUAUGUUAUUUUAGGUUUGAAUUUGUGGAUGUAGGUUGUCACGUUAUUAUUCUUUGAUAACUCUAUGGAACUCAUUUCAGUGAAAUUCGUUCGAAGUCUGACCACACUGUACUUCUCAGUUUUGGGGCUCGAAAAGUCUGUACCUAGUUUAGGUUCUAGCAGAAUACAGCUACUGUUGUGUUAUGGUUUUUAUGUUGUGAAGAUCACAAAAUGUUUAAUUGUACAUCUUGUAGUUUGCAUUUCAACAUUGAGAAGAAACACAGAAACCUCAUGAAAACCUAGCCUUACAUUUUCUAUUAAACCUUCGUGUGUAGUCUGCCAAGUGUAUUGCUUCUGAACACAGACAUUAGCACUUGCAUUACAUUGUGUUACAUUGUAGUCCUUGAUGAACCUAUAAUACCCUGCAGUGUUGGGGCAGCUUUGGGCGGUAUGAGGAGUAACAGCCAAGGUGGUUUAGGGCUAAUGUUUUUUUUUUAGCCCUCCUAUACUUGUAACUAUCACAGU